UUUAACCCCCGAAAUAAUACUUUCCACAACUUUUUAUACUUCAAUAGUAUUUUUUUUUUCAAUUUACACCAUUUUUCUUUUAUAAAACCAAAAACCAAGCAUACCCUAAGCCCUAAAUACUCGUCUAAAACCCUGGACAAUUCUGUUCCAACACGACAUCGACCUAGGAAAGCGUCAUUAGGUUACUCCACUUCAUGUCCCUGAAAUUGGCAAAGCCUUAGCAGAAGAAGAAGAAUAAGAUGGGCAGUGAAGUGAAGAAGAACCCAAAGCAAUUUCAGCUAAAUCCAAACUGGGCUCAACUCCAACAAAAACUGCAGUCGUCAGUGAAGCCUUUAAGGCACUCCAAAAACCCACAAUCAGAAACCCCAAAUUCCGUAUUAGGAAAACGUAAGGACAGGCCAACUUCAGAGUCUGAAGAUGCUAAGCCUAAUCCUCUGAUCCCAUCAAAUGAUGAUUCCAGUGUGACAGAUGUGCUAGCCAUGGACUGUGAAAUGGUUGGUGUUGGUCUGGGGAACAAAAGUGCUCUUGGACGAGUUACACUGGUAAAUAAAUGGGGAAAUGUCAUAUAUGAUGAAUUUGUGCGGCCAGUAGAACGCGUUGUUGACUUCCGCACACGAAUUAGUGGCAUUAGACCUCGAGACUUGAGGAAAGCAAAGGAUUUUCAGGUUGUUCAGAAGAAAGUGGCAGAGUUGAUUGAGGGAAGGACUCUCGUGGGUCAUGCCUUGCACAAUGACCUUAAGGCAUUACUUCUAACGCAUCCUAAGAAGAAUAUGCGGGAUACGUCGGAGUAUCAGCCCUUUCUAAAGGAAGGACGCAGAAAGGCACUUCGGCAUCUUGCAGCAGAGGUUUUAGGUGUUGAGAUCCAGAAUGGGGAGCACUGCCCUGUAGACGAUGCUCGUGCUGCUAUGCUCCUUUACCAGAAAAACAGAAAGGAAUGGGAGAAGAGUGCUAAGGAUCAAAUAAGGCUCAAAGCAAAGCAGAAGAAACGCAAGCAGAGAAAGAAACCAAAGUCACACAGCAACCAUGGUCCAAUUGCAUCUUAGUGGUGUCUUUCUGCUUAAUUGUUGUACUUAAUAUUCCAGAAUCUUCCAGUAGAAUCACCUUCACAGGGAUUUACAGAAUUCUUUUCUUGCCAUGAAACCGGACCGGAAAAAACCAGGAUGCAUCAUCAGACAGCGAUAAGCAGCCAUGGCUAACCUCUUUAGCUAGUGACUCCCAUACCAAAGCAACAUUGUCAACUUGUUAGUAUGAUGAAAAGAACUUGUUUAUUUUGGCCAUUCAUUAAACAUUGUUUUUAUUUUCAUCUAUUACCAGAUUUGUUGCUAAGUGAAAGAAUUUUGGAUUAUCAUAGCACUUGAAUUUGGUUAUCAAAUCCUCCAUUCCAAAUUCAAUCAAUCAUAAACCUCAAUAAUCAAUCAAAGGUUGUUCUAUUUGACUUUCAAUUUUAUACGCAUUGACAAGG